UUCCAAUUAGUGUCGCGAAAAUGUUCCGCUGUAUAAUUUAUAUAUCAUUCCUAAUAAAUAUCUUAGCCAUUCUUUGUAAUGCUCAAGAAUUUAAUGAAACUAACGAAAUUCCUCCGAUUACAUCGGAGAUUACCGACCUAAAUGCGGAGCCAAAUUAUGACUUAUGUUUACGUAACUAUGUACGCAACUGUGCCGAGGCAGGAAUCUAUUCCAAAUCGAGUGGAAUCUACGAGAUUCAUAUUCCCAACUACUUUCAACAACCCUUUAAAGUGGCCUGUGAUUUGAAGACUCAGGAAGGUGGCUGGACUAUUAUUUUAAGACGACUUGAUGGAAGUGUGGGCUUUUAUCGAAACUGGGAUACUUACAAAAAGGGAUUUGGUGAUCUAGAUGGCGAGUUCUUUUUGGGAUUGGAGAAAAUACAUGCACUAACUACGGAGUUCAGUCAAGAGUUGCUUGUAAUUCUCGAGGAUUUUCGGGGCACAGAAGUGUUUGAGAAGUAUGAAAAAUUUGCGAUUGCUGACGAAGAUGAACUCUAUGCCUUGACUACUCUGAGCACAGGCAGUGGGACUGCUGGUGAUUCAUUGAUAUAUAAUAAGUUCUCAAAUUUCUCAACUUAUGAUCGGAACAAUGAUGCACCGAAUAAAAACUGUGCCGAGGAGCGAAAAGGAGCUUGGUGGUAUAGGAGUUGCACUCGAGCCCAAUUUACAGGUUUAUAUAAUGGCACCGAUACUCAGGGAAUCUACUGGUACGAUUUCAGGGACAAAACCUCCCUUAAAACAACCAUUAUGAUGAUACGUCCAAGGAAGGCUUCCUAGAAAUCCGAUGAUUGACUUUAUAUCUA